AUGAGGGAGAAGAGGAGCAAGCGGCGGAAACCGGGAAGGAGAGACGAGUCGGGGACAAUGAUGCAGUCAACAUCAACAGAUGACUUCAUAGGAGCUAGCAGCUCUAAAGCUGGCUCCAGGAAAUCACACAAUAAAGGAUCCCCAACAGACGUUUCUCCAGACUCAAAGUGUCCCAUAUGUCUGGAUCGCUUUGAAAACAUAUCGCACUUGGACCGAUGCCUCCAUAGGUUUUGCUUUAAAUGUAUAAAGGAGUGGGCAAAAAACAAAGCAGAAUGUCCACUAUGCAAGCAGCCCUUUCAUUCUAUAUUUCAUAGUGUGCGAGCUGAGGAUGAUUUCAAAGAAUACUUUUUGCGUCCCACUUUAAAUGGCUCUUUUGCCAGUCCAGAUGGGCAGAGAUUUCGCUAUCGUACUACUAUGACAAGGGACAAUCACUUGCCCAUGCGAACGUUAAGAUCUUCUGCACACAGAACAUUUUCUCCUCCAGACAAUGGUGUUCUAUUUGAGGGAUAUACAAACAGACAAUCUCAUCAAAGGGGCAGCAAUAUUCAGCAGAUGAUGAGAAGACUAGCUUCCAGGCGACAAGCCAGUGCAGAGGGAAGGACAAUGAGACAAAUUCAAGAGCAGGAGCUUGUAAACUUCAGGAGAGCACUUUACCGUUCUGGAAUACGUGUCAGGAAUAUUCAGGAUGGAGGACGAUAUCGUGAUAUAUCUGCUGAAUUCUUCCGCAGAAAUCCUGCUUGCCUUCAUCGACUUGUACCCUGGCUUAAGAGGGAAUUGACAGUGUUAUUUGGCACACACGGUUCCCUUGUUAACAUUGUGCAGCACAUCAUUAUGAGCAAUGUUACUCGAUUUGACAUGGAAAGUCAAGCCUUCUUAGAGGAUUUGCAGCCUUUUCUACUUCACCGUACAGAACACUUUCUUCAUGAAUUCAUCAAUUUUGCUCGCUGCCCAUAUAAUAUUGAUGUAUAUGACCAGCAUGCCAACUAUGAUUGUCCUGCACCUUCAUAUGAAGAAGGUAGUGAAUCGGAAUCUUCUGUAAUUACUAUAUCCCCAGAUGAAGUUAAUAUCAGGGAGCCUGAUGUGCCUUCCUCUUCUGUUGAAGUUGGUCAAGCUCCCUGGGAUGAUGAAACACCUGGACCUUCCUAUUCCACAGUGGAGCAGGCAACUAGUAGUAUGUUAACUACUGUAGAUAGUUCAGAUGAGGAACCUUCAAGUAGUAGACUGGAUUGCACCAGUAUGAAUAAAGAAGAUACUGAUGAUAUUCAGAGCCAGAGCAUUCCUUCUGAUGACUGUAUUAUAGUGGGUUAUGUUAAACCACUUGCAGAAAGAACCCCAGAGUUAGUUGAACUUUCUUCUGAUUCAGAACCUUCCCUUUGUGAAGUGAAGAUUGAGCAACCUAAAAAACCCCAAGAAAGACCUUUUACUUUAUAUGACAGUAGUGAGUCACAUAGGUCUUUCUCUUCUUCAUCUCGAUCAAGUGAUAAGCGAUCACGCAAAACUAAACAUAAACAUAAAACAUCCAGUGACAAAUCUCGUUCAAAAAAGAAAAAAGAGAAAAGAUCAACUGAGGCAUCUUCUAGAAGAUUGUUCGAAUCCAGAAAAGAUGAAAAACAUUCUUACAAUGACGGCACAUCAAGAUGGCGGGAACGUUCUUUGAGUUCUGAUUGUUAUUCUCGUUCAUCUCGCAAUAAGGCUUAUGACAGUCACAAAAAAUGGCACAGUAAAAACAAACAAACGAAAACUCGAGAAAAGAGGCAUAAAAGUUGGAGAGAAAGGAGGAAAUCGCGUAGUAGAGAGAGAAGUUUAUCUUGGAGGAGUAGAACUGUUUCUUUGUCAAGUGAAAGCUCCAGAGAGCGAAAUGGAUCUAGCUCUAGAAAUAGUAAGCGUAACAGAGGGAGGUCACAAAGUCGUGACACUGACAAUACAGACAACUAUCGCAGUACUUAUCAUUGGGAGUAUACAUACUAUAGCAGAAACCACGAUAGAGAAGAGUUUCAGAAGUCCUAUAAAAGACAUUCUCGUGGUAGAGGUCUUUGCUCUAGAUAUUCUGACAGUCCUGAAUACCAUUUGCAGACAUUUUCUCAAAGGAAAGAAUCUAGAAAGCACAGAGAAACUAUUGCUGAUAAGCACCAUCAUCAAUCAAGAAGUCGAUCAAACAGUUGUGCUACUACAACUGGUGCACUGCAAACCCAGUCUGACAAACCCAGUGGUAAGAGGAAAUAUAAAACCCGACAUCUGGAGCCACAGAACAAAAACAAGAACAACUGUGAGACAGAGGUGGCGAGUGGAAAAGAGGCUCAUACACAGACGACGUUAAGAGACUUGGAGGAUAGUUUGAUGGAUAAGUCCUCAAAUGAACGGAAGCUUAAAUGGAAGAAAAGGGCAAGGAGCCCUAGUGUGGAGAUUGUGUAUGAAGGAAAAAGCACACAAGAUGCCAAACAUAAAAAGAAAAAGAAAAAACACAAGAAGAAAACACAGACAUGAAAAGAGUUCUCCAGUCGUCAUCAGAAUUGACAGUGAUAGUGACACUCCAGUGAAACUUGAUGUGCAGAGCAGUAAUGAUGUUGAUACACUGACUGGUAAAUGUAACAGCAUGGAGUCUAAUAUGGCUCUGCUCAAUGACUCACCAAGUACUUCUACACCUGGUAACACCAUGGACAGAGAUUGUGUGGAAGUCUCAAGCCCUUAUUCCAAAGCUUGCAAUCUGCCAUCAGUUAAUGAAUAUCUUGACACUGCCUCAGAUAUACUUGAUGGAUUAUUUUUUGGUGAAAGUUUGGAUGGAGAAGCUUUUCUGCCAGCACCCAGUCCACCUAAAACGCCUUCUCUUGAUGAAACUUUAGUGACUGGGCUUCCCACAUCUAAUUCCAAAUUGCUGCAGGACAGAGAGGCUUCUACUACACCCCCUAUAACAGCCUCACAAGAAACUCCUGCUGGGAAGUCACAAGAAGUAUUUCCGGAGACUGUCUGUGAACAUUUACAAAAUAUGCCUUCUAUUGCACCACCUCUAAUGGCCUCUGAAGAAAGUAUGGCAGAGAACUUGCAAGAUACAUUUGGCGAGACUGCCUGUGAACAUUUGGAAGAUAUGGUAGAACAUCUUUCUCCAACAAUAUUAUGA